CUCUUGCCCUGUCCCCAGCCUAUGAGCCAUGGCUUACCACAGCUUCCUGCUGGAGCCCAUCAGUUGCCAUGCCUGGAACAAGGACCGAACCCAAAUCGCCCUCUGCCCCAAUAACCACGAGGUCCACAUCUACCGUAAGGAUGGAGCCAAGUGGAGCAAAGUCCACGAGCUGAAGGAGCACAACGGGCAGGUGACAGGCAUUGACUGGGCCCCUGAGAGCAACCGGCUGGUGACGUGCGGGACUGAUCGCAACGCCUAUGUCUGGACCCUGAAGGGCAAUGUCUGGAAACCCACACUGGUCAUCCUGCGGAUCAACCGGGCUGCCCGCUGCGUCAAGUGGUCCCCCAAGGAGAACAAGUUCGCUGUGGGCAGCGGCUCCCGGCUCAUCUCCAUCUGCUACUUCGAGCAGGAGAACGACUGGUGA